AUGUCAUCAUCCUCAUCAUCGACUCUUGAUCCUUCCUUUUCACUUGCCCAACAACAACAACAAUUAGGAGCCUCCUCUCCUAAACUUGGCCAUCAUUCAUCGGCCCGACAAUUAAACGUUUCUUCAUCAUCAACCUCUUAUCAAGUACCACAUCCAUUGAAACAACAAUUAUAUCAGGCUGUUGUGAAUGGUCAGGUUGACCGAGUUUGUACCAUCUUGGAUGAAGCAUUAGAUUAUGCCCAACAACAUUAUAAUACAAAUACCAGUAAUACCAUCAAUAAUGGAAGUCUUCAAUCACCAACUUUCUCCACGAUGGCUCCUCUCUUUGCUAAUACCUCUCCCAUUCCCAAUAGUAGUAUCAGUCCCAGUAAUCACAACGUUUCAUCGCCUCUUCCAGGUACAAGUCAAACGAGUAAUGGAAGUAGUCAUUUGAAUGGAAACAACAAUCAUCACGAUGAAGAAGAAGAUGUUGCGGUUGAGUCUCAACCACCCAAUAAUCAACAAUUACACCAAUCAUCUCAAUGUAAUUCAGUUUCAUCCUCUUCCUCUUCCUCCUUGUUAGGAACAAGUCCACCAGGUACUACUCUUUCUUCCUCAUCAAAUACUCCUAAUUUGAACAAUAACCCAACUUCAUUAUCAUCCUCUCGUGGUGCUAUCGGUGGUCCUUCUAUUGAUCAAAUUGUUCUUAAAACGACAUAUCCAGAAGAAUUUGAUAUUAAUAUUGUACAUUUGGCUGCUAAAACCAAUCAAGCUGAUUGCUUGUCACAUAUCAUUUCAAAAGCAUGUUGUGAUGAAAAAUGUGGAGGUGGAUCUCAUAGCGUCGAUUGUCAAAGAAAAACAAAUGUUCUUUUAUCGUCUGUUGACAAGCAAAACGCAACACCUUUAUUCUACGGUAUUCAAGCAGCUUCUCCAAACAUUUGUACAUAUUUAUGUAGCUUUAAGGUGGUUCAAGAUCAAUUGAAUAUGCAUGCGGAUCGUUAUGGAUUUUUACCAAUUCACAUUGCGUUGAAAAGAAAAGAUUUUGACAUGUGUGACACAUUACAAUUGUUUGGAGCUAAAUUAGAAACAACUGUUGGUAUGGGUGUUGGUUUGGGAGAAUCUGUACUUCAUGUUGCUGUUCGUGACAAGUCAAUUGAAACGGUUGAAUAUUUGGCCAAGACAAAGCCUGGAAUUUUACUCAAGAAAAAUCAACAAGAAGAAAACGCAUUGUUUGCUUGUUUGACUGACUUUAGAGGAAUGAGAACAAAGAAACUUGUUACUUCUUUCCUUUCAACACUUUUACCAACUGGAUCAUCGUUGUUUGGUUCUGAUGCAUUCGAGAGAGCCAUUCUUCAGAAGAAUGCUCACGGAAGAAAUAUUCUCAUGGAAUCUAUUGCAAAGAACGACAUGUCCUCUCUCUAUGCUAUUUUGGAAUACUUACAAAAUGAGAAAAACAGUACAAAGAACAGACUCAUUCCAAUUCUUCUCAACGAAGUGGAUUCCCAACAAAAGAAUAUUCUUCAUUUGUGUGUACAAUCAGUAUUUUCUACUGGUAUGGCUUUUGAUCCAGACACUGAUGAAGCAAGUUUGGAUUGGAUGAAUGCUUUGUAUUGGAUUUAUGAUUUUAUAGAAAACUGUGGUGUUGUAAAGGUGUCCAAGAUGUCAGCUUUAUUUUUAGCAAAAGACAAGUAUGGUGACACUCCAAAAGAAAGUUGCAAACAAUUCUACGACUCCACAAAUAAUGAUCUCCAAGAACCUUUAAUCAUUUCUGAAUCUAUUGGUGAAUCUGUUGAUGAGACGCAAAACUUUUGGACUGCAGGAAAGAAGAGAAAGCAACCAAAAUCCAGUAGAAAGUCUUUGAAGAUUUCUGAUUUGGAUGACGGUAAUGGUAAAAGCCGUACAUCAAUAUCUCACCAUGUCAUGGACUUCCUUGGCAUUAGCGUGAAGAGGGGGUUUAGAAAAUGA